AUUGGUGCUUUCAUCAUGUACUCAAAUCCUCCUAUGGAUUACCCUUAUCUUACACCUUCAUCUCAUCAAUGGAGCAUUCCUCCUACUUAUCCCACAAACCCCUCUUUCAUAACUCCUACCACACCUUCAUUUCCAUCCUUUCCAUGGGAACUUUUCUCACCCUAUUACACAAAUCCAUAUGUUCCAACACCAUCCCCAAGUUUGUAUCCAAAUCAUGGGUAUUCACCACAUCCACCAAACCCUAACUCAUAUUCAUCUUAUUCAUCAUCUCCUCAUUCAUAUUACUACAAUAAUUAUCAUCAACAACUUCAACCAACAAACACCUCUUCUAAAAUUUUUAAUCAAUAUCAAACCCAUUUUAAAAAUAUAAGAGAUUCUGAUAGGUAUCUGCAAGUGACCCAUCCCACUUUUAAGAAAAACUCCAAAAAAAAUAUUUAUCCUUGUUUUGCGAAAAAGAAAUUGUCGACAUUUUCACUGAUUCAGCGUUCACGAACCACAAAACCUUCUUCUUUUUUUACCUUCAAGCUACAAACCAUCCACGGAGACCAAACCUUGAGUACCUUUGCUCGCAACUCACCAUUUCAACCUUCUCAAAACCCCAAUUUUCAACCACCCAGUCGUCCCAAUCGAUGGAACAAUCAGAAUCAAUGGAACCCCCAUAAUGGGCAUCCUAACCCUAAUCCCAGUCAAUCCAAAUCAUUUGUUUUUGCGGAACCAGAGAAUCUCCAGACCUCCGAAGCCACUCUCCACACCACUCUCACUCCUCUUGCUCUCGCUGCUAACGAAUCCCUAAAUUCCAACAACCACGAACAAUACUCUAUUUUCCGUAACGAAAUCUCCCUCGAUGUCGCCGGAGUUUCGCUGCUGCCAGGUUCAAAGGUGUCUUCUACAAGAAAUUCAGGAUUUCUGUCUAUUGGAUGUUUCCCGUUAUACACAGAGGACGUCUCAGAGGAUGAAAGCGAGGAUGAAAACGAAGGGAUUGAUGUUGUGUUAAACGAUGAAUCUCAACGUGAAAUCCCUGUUAUUGUGUGUUUUGAGUAUAAGCAAGAUUUCAUUGGUAGUGUUGGUGCUGCUUCGACUAGGAUGAACCCUAAGAAUUCAAUUUCUCAGAUUAAGAGGCUUAUUGGGAAGCAUUUUUCGGAUGUUGAUUUGCAUUGUAAUCUUAAUUCUCUGCCUUAUAAUGUUACUGCAGGACCGAAUAGAUGUCCGUUGAUUAAGGUUAGAGCUGGAGUAGAGAUGGUAUUAAUCGACGCCGUUGCGAGUAGUCUUCGGGUGCCUUUGUGGAGGUUUAUUGGUGGUGCUUCAAAUACCAUAACGACUGAUAUAACAAUCCCGAUUGUUUCUUCAGCUGAAGCAGCUGAAUUGGCUUCUAAGUACUAUAAACAAGGAUUUAAGACUUUAAAGCUGAAAGUUGGAAAGAAUCUGAAUGCAGAUAUAAAAGUGCUUCAAGCCAUACGGAGUAACAUAGCAAGAGAAAAAUAUGGAGUAAUUGUUGCAGCUGAUGAGAGAAACACUGUUAUAGAUAAAAAUGAAUUGUUGGUAAUUCACAUACCAAGUUACUUAAGCUCCAUUAGAAAAAGUGUGGCAACUGUUAUGGUAUCGUACUCAAGUUGGAAUGAUUAUGAGGGAAAUGAUAGGAUCACCAUUCCGCAUCGUGUAAACAGCACAGAUUUGCUUCAAGCAGGAGUUUUUGCUACCAUUGACAGAGAUUCUCUAAGAAAGAUUCUUUUGAUAGGUGAAUUUGAAGAGUAUCCUGAUGAGAACCGAAGGCAUUGCAAUGCUCAGUUAGUCAUUAUGCUAAAUUCAUUUGCAAAUGAGCUUCUGUUUGAUUGGUGCGGUAAGUCGAAGUCUGUUGAGGAUUGCCUUGCUGCAGUGGAUGGUCUUUGUGAUUUGAUUACAGAGACAAUUGGGGAUACGGAUCCGGUUAAGAAGUACCAUAUGAAUAUUUCUGUGUUCUUCACUUCCAUUCCGGAUUUUUGGAGCCGAGAUCACUUGUUUCCCAUUUUCCCAAAUCAUUGUUUGGAUGGGAAACCAACUGCGAGGGGUAUUUUAUAUGACUUAACUUGUGACAGUGAUGGGAAUAUUGACAAGUUCAUCGGUGGUAAGUCAAGCUUGCCACUUCAGGAAUUGACAGGACUUGGCAGAGGAUACUAUCUCGGAAUGCUCUUAGGCAGGGCGUGCGAGGAGGAACUUGGUGGGUUGCACAACCUGUUUGGUGGCCCUAGUGUAGUUAAGUUGUUACAGAGCGAUAUUCCGCACAGGUUUGCUGUUACGCGGGCAGUUGUUGGACCGUAUUAUGCCGAUGUUGUUCGAGUGAUGCAUCACGAGCCGCAACUCAUGUUUGAUGUUGCUGAUAAAUGGAUGCUCAAGGAGGGUCUUCCUAUUUCCUUUCGUGAACAAGUCGUGCAGUUCAUACGCCAAAAUAGUGGACAAAAGGAUAUAAGAAAUGACAAUACAGUCACAUGGUUAUGCUAUUGGAGUGGCCCAAUUAAUCCAAAGCUAUUCAAGUAUGUGUUGCUGGCAGCUAGUAGUUCCUUAAAGGGUCAUUUCUUGGUUGCAUAUUUUGUUGGCUAUAGAAACAUGGGCUGGAAUUCUGUUGUAAGUGUGGUUGCAUAUGUCUACACUAAUAGAGUUUUUCUCUUCAGACUAUGGGAUCCAGGGAAGAUUUUUACAACCUUGAGGACAAGGUUGUUUUUGAAGGGGUUGGUAAUGAUAGAGAAGAGAAAUUAUUUAGAUAAAUAAUUUAGUUAUUUAAAUUAAUGUCUAAUUUUUAUUAGUAGUACUUUUAUAGCUAUUGGGCUUUUUAUAGUGUUUGGGUCUUCUAGUUAAGGAUCCACUAUGAAUACUAUAUAUGUAGUGUCUUUGACACAAUGAAGGGUAUCAAUCAAAAGAAAUCAAAGUGGUCUUUUAUUUUAAUUUCCUUUACUUUUAGUGUUCUUCCCCUUUUAGUUAGAAAACCCUAGUUUUAUAGUGUUGAUAGGAUUAGCUUCCUAUCAUAGAAUCAGCCGUUUGCCGGACGAAAUCCUCAGCCACAUUCUCUCUUUUCUAACCACCAAAAAGGCAGUUCGCACAAGCUUAUUGUCCAAGAGAUGGACUGAUCUAUGGCAAACUUGUCCUUAUGCCCAAAGGCCUCAGCAACAUGCCAACUCUUUGUUCAUGUUAAAGAUGUAUACUAAGAACUGCAUUAACUUUGAUUCUUAUUAGAGGGUUUGCCAUGGAAUUGCUCUUCCAAAUAGGUGUCUCAAAUAUAUUAUGUUAAAUGGAUGGUAAGUAGAGAUUGCUACAAGUAUGUAUUAGUGGCUACCUUACUUGCAAGAGUAUUGGAAGGUAGAAAAUGAAGAUUCUGUAGAACUUGAUUAGUUUGCUCUAUAUGCUUCUGUUAUUUAUCAAGUUUGCUCAUUUGUCUUUAACUGCAGUGUGGUUUGGAAUGAUUUGAAAAUCAUUACAGGUGGCAUUUGAUUUUAUUGGCAAUAGCUUAUGAUAUCACUGGUAUUCAAUUUUUCCAAAAUAUAGUGAAUUUAAUUUAUCUUUACUCAUUAUAGAGACAUCCCAACGCUCUAAACUAUGACAGGCGCAAGACCAAAACAUCUAACAAACUACACUUGUGAACAAAUGAAAGAAAAUUUCAAAUAUAUAUAUUUUUUAUAUUGAACUAAAGUUUAAUAGAAAUUUUGGUAUAAUGUAGAUAAAAGACUCCUAUAGACUCUAAAUAGUUGCUGCAUAGUUUGUCUCAUGUUCAAAUAAGUUUAUACAACAUUUUACACUACCGAAAAGACGACUACUAAUUUGGUGUUGGUGGACGACUAUGGAGACUUUUGUAAUGGAAGUAACAACUAUCAAGCCUGGUGAACAAAAAAUUGUGAACUCAUGAAUUAUUUACUUUAAUGCGAAGCAUAUAUCAUCAUUUUGUUUGAAUAAGUUGUUCAAGGAGGGAUCUAGGAAGCAUCUUUGAGCAUGGUGAGAAGGUCACUGAAAACUCCCAUACCAAGAGGCUUAGUGAGAGUGGCUAAACUUAUACACGGCUGAUCUUCAACUUCUUGUAUGACUCUCUCUUAGACGAAAUGAAUGUGGACCUUAAUAUGAUUCGAUAUGGCAUGAAUAAUUGAAUUAUGUGACAAAAGCGCACUAUGAUUUUACAAAGAAGAGUAAGAAGAGAGAAAGGCAGUGCAAGCUCAAUGAGAAGAGAUUCCAUCUAGAGUAGCUAUAAAGUGGUGAUAGCCAAAGCAUGAUAUUUUGCCUUAGUGCUAGAUCAAGCAACAAAAGAUUUAUUCUUAGUGUUCCAUUUUUUUUUAUUAAGCAACACUUGUAUUGAGAUAAAAGGUACUAGGGGUACCUCAACCCUUACAAGAGGAGAACCGAAACAAAUAAAAGCAGGGAAAUUAAAUACAAACCGUCGGAUUUUUAAACCAUUCGUAAAAGUUACAAGAAAUUCUAUCCAUUGAUUCAAUAGCAAGC